GGGGAACAAAGAUGGCUAUGGUUCUAUCCGCCAUUUUCUAAAGUGAGAUAGAAUAAGUUGUUUGAGAACAUUUUUGUGAAAAUUAAACAAUAAAUUUCGGAAAUUUCGCUCGAAAAACAUCGGUAAUACGUUUCUAUGUUGAUAUCGCCUGCCAAAGUCGAACUGAUGUGUCAAAAAGUGCCCCAUUGAAGGCCCGAUACGCGCGCGUCUCCCAAGAAAGACCAUUGUGUGAGAGAAGACUUUAAAGAUGUUCGAUCCGAACACGAUAACCACCCAGCAAUCGCAGAUACAAUACCAGCAACAGCCCCAACAAAAUGACAAAGACAAGGGCCAGGAGCAGAAGGACACGUUCGCCCCCUUUUGCUACGCCAACGUCAACAUGAUACACAAAAUCACCCCCAACACGACCCAAACGCACAGCUCCACGGUGAACAUGUCCCAAUUGACCGACGACAAGUGCUACAUCACGCAGCCGUUCAGCUACAACUACACCCUGGUCAAUCAGAAUUUGCUCACCCAAAACGCCAUCUCGAACAUCACCUUCAAAUGCGACGUGUGCGGCCUGAUGUUCGCCCAUCUGUCGCUGCUCAACCACCACAAGAAGGUCCAUCACGGCCAGACCGACCAGAACCAGGGCCAGCAGCAACAGAUCACCGUGCAGGUGCAGCAACCGCAGCAACAACCCACCCAGAUCCAAAUCGUAUCGGCCGAUCGCAUUCGGUUCUCCUGCGAGGAAUGCGGCCUCACGUUCAACACCCAAAACGAUCUUAAAACCCACAAAAUACAGUCGCACCAACAGCAAAACCAACAACAACAGGUGCAGGCGCAGGCCCAGCAACAGCAGCAACAGCAGCAGCAACAGAACACGCUGAAGAUAAAGAACUGCGAAUCGUGCGGGGCGCCGCUGCCGCAGGACAACAACAAGAAGAGGGCCGUGAUGAAGGUGAAGUGCGAGAACUGCUUGAGCGCCGAGGCCAUACAGCCGCAGAUCUUCGUCGUGGCGGCGGCGCCGGACGCUUCGGUGAAAUUCGAAGAGACCACCGGCACCCAAACCCAAGCCCAAGCCAUAGACGUUCCAGGUACGCAAAAUUCGAUACCGAUAGGCGUGAAAAACAACCACCCGGUGAAGCGGAGAGGCAUCGCGAGCGUGACCAAAUGCACGAAAUGCAACGGUAGCGGCAUCAUCUUCAUCGGCGGCUCGAAGAACCAACAGAACAACGUCGAUAAACCGUUUCAUUGCAACAUUUGCAACGGCUCCUUCAGCCGAUAUUCCUCGCUGUGGUCCCACAAGCGCCUGCACACCGGCGAGAAGAACUUCAAAUGCAACAUCUGCGGACUGGCCUUCGCCAAAGCGGCCUAUUUGAAGAACCAUUCGCGAAUACACACGGGAGAGAAGCCCUACAGGUGUAACGUGUGCGGCAUGCAAUUCUCGCAAUCGCCGCAUCUCAAGAACCACGAAAGGAUACAUUCGGGAGAACGGCCGUACAUCUGCGAGGUUUGCGACAAGUCCUUCGCCAGGCAUUCGACCUUGUGGAACCACCGGAGGAUCCACACCGGCGAGAAACCCUACCGUUGCGAUAUUUGCGGGUCGUGUUUCAACCAAGCCACGCACCUGAAGAACCACGCCAAAGUACAUUCCGGAGAGAAGCCCUUCAAGUGCGAUAUUUGCUCCGUGGGAUUCUCCGACAGGUUUGCGUUGAAGAGGCACCGGAAUAUCCACGAGAAGUACGGCAGGACGAAGCCGCAGGUGGCGACGGCCGGCGGCGAGGACGUGAAGGACUCGAUAGCGACGGUGACGAUGGCGAUGGCGCAGGACGCCGAUCACGAUCACGAGGAGAUCAUCGAGACCAAGUACGAGCAGAAGUUCGAAUCGGUGGAGGGCAGCGACAUGGAGGAGGAGAUGACUGAUAUAUCGGAGUUGCAGGUGCAAUUGCAAUGAGCGCGUCGAUCGGAUUGGGUUUCGAUCGAAUUGUUCGGUUGGUUUUUGUCGAAGGGAUGGAACGAGGGAAGGGUUUAUUGUUUGGUUGCGUGCGAAUCGUACUGUCGUUCUGGUUCCCGUUUUGACUGCUUUGAUACAAAGAGAUGAUUUUCUAUUACAUGCGCAUGGUGGUUUAUUUUUUAAUUUAUAUGUGUUACGGGUAAAGUUAUUAACGAUUAAACUUAUUUGGGGUAGGGUAGGUUUCUUGAGUUCCUGUUUUGUUACGGAAACCUACCUUACCCUAUCCUUACCCAAACUUUAAUCGUUUAUCUAACUUUACCCUUAACAUACACAUACCCAAAAAACGGAAGAAUUUAAUUUGAUUUGUGAUAAUUAUUUUUCUAAGUACCUACUUUGUUCUAAAACUGGUACAAUUUAUUCGCGCUGUUUAAAAAACCGUAUUUUUUUUAUUUUUGGUACUAGCAUUUUUUGAAGAUGAAAUAAAAAAAUUCGUCUUUUUGUCCGUUUGAAUGAAGCAAUACUGUUGAUAAAAUUUAAUUUCCGGCUAAAAGGACGCAAAUAUAAUGUCUUCGUAUGCGAUGUAAAUAAUCUUACUUAUCAAUAGAAAUAAUAAGGUUACAUUGUAGAAUUAGAUGAUAGAUUUAAAUACGUUAUUUCCUUUAUAUUUAGUAGAUAUCCAUGGACGAUCGUUUGCUUUAUUAAAAUAGAGUAUUUUUGCAAAUGAAUUGCGAUACUAGUUUUUUAAUGAUUAAUAAUAAUUGAAAGCUGUACGAUUCCGUUCCGAAUACAUGAAAUUAUUUGAUCAAGAA